AUGCAUGUUCUCGAUCCAUUUCUUAAAGGUAUUCUUCAAAUACCUGAAAUUGCUACUAAUUUUACUCGUUGUCGUUGUUAUUUUGAUUCGGAUUAUACAUCUCAGGAUACAUUUACAGCCCUUGGUUCAGCUUAUUUUAUUCGUCAGAAUAUACCUAUACAACAAUGGAAUUUUACAACUUCAUGUUUUGAAUAUGUUAUGAAUCGUCAGAUUUCAACUGGUAAUUUGAUUCAUGUUCAAACUGUGCGGAAAGAAAAAUUUCCUCGAGAAUUUUUUUCAGAAGCAAAAUGGUCUCGAAAAGGUUUUACUCAAACACGUUGGUCAAUAAAUAAUUUUAUUUUUGACAUGGUUAAUGUACAUCUUUUCCAUGAUGCUUCAAAUCUUCUAGCAGUUGAACAGAGUCCUUCUAUAUACAGUAAAUUUCGUAAAAAUGCUCUAGAAUUUACUCUAAAAUGUUUACCACUUAAUCCUUCUGAUGCAGAUGUACCAUAUGCUAUAUUUGGUGAUUUUAAUUUUCGACUUGAUGGUCAUCGUUUAGUUCAACAUAUCGCGGAAAAACGAGAUGGUUCAAUUGAUAAAAUAAAAAAGAAGGAUAGUGAUGAACUUUCAAAAAUUAUUAUAAAAACUGCUCAAAAUAAAACAAAAUUAACAAUUGGAAAAAAAGAAUUUAAUCUUCAUGAUGAUCAUGAUUCAUUUUUUACUAUUGAUUCUCAACAGUUUCUUACGUUUGAUUAUGAAUUUUCAUCAUUUGCUGAUCAAUUAUUUGAAUAUGGAAAAAGUUUUCCACCGAGUUAUCCAUAUAGUGAAGAACUCGAAGACGCUCAUUCUUAUUUACGUGUUCGAUGUCCAGCUUGGUGUGAUCGUAUCUUGUUAAGUCAUUCUUUCAAAAAAUUUGUUAAUAUCGAGAUUCAUCAACCAACAUAUAACACUAUUGGAGACGACGUAUGUAUGGGCGAUCAUAAGCCAGUGUACUUGGCAUUAACAACUCACUUGACACAAGGUUGGUCUACGUCUCCAUCAAUUUUAAUCACUAAUAUGUAUGCGUGCGAAGAAUUGACUACUACAUCUAAUAAUAAUAAUCAUAACAAUCAUAAUCAUACUAAUAAUCAAGCCAAAUCACCUUUCACUGUUAUGAGAAAAAAAGAUGCAAAUAUGAUACCGGAUCUUAUUUUGAAUGAAGUAAAAUUACCAUCGAAUGAUAUUGAUAUGUAUAAUAUUCAUGAUUAUGCUAUGUUUGUUCAAUCAACACUUGUACCACAAUGGUGGUUUGCUAAACUUCGACAACGACCUAUGAAAACAGUGACUACUAGUAGUAUACUUUGGGCAAAAGUACGAGCUGUAACAUUUAUGACAUCAUUACGUCAUCGAACUGGUUCAUGGUAUUCAGAUGAUCAAACAGAAAAAUCACCUAUUGAUGAUGUAUCAAUAUCAUCAGAUACAGAUGAUAAAAAUAUUAAAACAAAUAUUGAAUUAAAUGAUUUACAAGAUUAUGAAAAACCUCAUAUUGAUAUGCCAUUACGUCGAUCAUUUAGUUCAAAUGCUUAUGUAACCCAUGAUGAACUAUAUUCAACAAAAUUAGCUCGAAGUAAUUCGACGACACUUAUUAAUUCGUCUAAUCAUUUAGCCGAUUCUCCUCCUAUUGAAUUAUCAUCAACGCCAUCAUCAUCACCAUCAUCACCACCACCACUACCACCACUACCAUCAUCAUCAUCAUCAUCAUUAUCACCUAAAUCAUUAUCGCUACCAAAAUCAUCUUCACGUGUCUAUCGUUUUCUUCAUUGCAUUAUUCUUUAA